AACAAUAACAUACUGCAGUGGUCGCGAAACUGCCCAGCGAUCUUCCAACUCAAGCAAUGGCCGCCACAGGUACUCCACCGCCCGCCGCCGCCGGCUGCAACCCGCGGGUGGCGGCAGGCCUGCCCGGUCUGUUCGGGCGGCCAGAGCUGGCAGACUGCUGUGUGGUCUUCGUGCUGGAGCAGCCGACACCGGCCUCAGCACACCGCCCCGCAAGCCCCCGGCGGCACCAGCAGGCGUCCGCAGCAGCGGCAGCGGCGGUGGCGGGCCCGGCGGCGACGUCCUGUCAGAGGAAGGCGGGAGCCGAGGAUGCGCCACCUCGGUCGGCGGGCCACCAGCCGCUGACGCUGCCGGCCCACUCGGUGGUGCUGAGCCUUGCCUCGGAGCGCUUUGCCGCGCAGUUGAGCCGUUGGGCCCCCGGCACCACCAGCAGCGCCAGCAGCCAUGUCAUUGGUGCAACCCGCACUGGUGGCAGCGUCCACAGCAGCGGCGUCGGUAACACUGCCAGCAAGACCUGGACAUCCUCCGCCGCCGCCACAAGCCACACAGCCACUCCGCAAAAUCCGCAACCGCAGCAUCCGCAACCGCAGCAGCAGCAGCAGCAGCAGCAGCAGCAGCUGGGCCUGCCGCCCCCACGGCCGCCACAACGCCUGCUGCCCGAGCUCCGUGUGCCGCUGGGCAGCGAGGCGGAGCUGCCAGCCGCGCGCGCCGCCAUCAGGUUCGCCUACACGGGGCAGAUCGAGCCGGGCUGCAGCUUGCGGGAGGCGUUGGAGCUCCGGCUGGUUGCCGACUACCUGCAAGUGGAGGGCUGCGCCGAGGCCUGCCUGGCGGCGGUGCGGCGCCUGCUGCAGCUGCCGGGCCAGCAGGCCGAGGGUGACGCAGCGAAGCAGGGCGAGCCAGCAGCGGUGGCAGCAGCAGCAGCUGCGGCGACAGCAGCAGCUGUGGCAGUGGCAGCGGCUACGCCGCCGCUGCUGCCACGGCAGCUGGCGGUGCAGGCGUUCUUAGGGCAGGCGCGGGCGCCAGCAGGGCUCGCCGACUCCGCUGGGAGCACGCAGCCUGACCGCUUUGCCGCCGCCGCAAGCGGCAGUGCCGGCGCAGCCGCCACACCGCCUCCCGUGCUCGCGCUGUACGGCUGCGCGGCGCUGUGGCCGGAUCCGGAGCAGGACGCGGCCUUUGCGGCGCUGCUGGCGGAGGUCCGGCGGCAGCUGGUGGCGCACUUUGGUGACGCGCUGGCGGUGCUGAACACGGAAGUCCUGUAUGAGCAGAUGCUGUCACUGCCGGCUGUGGGACUGGAGGCUCUGCUGGAGAGCGACGAGUUCGGCACCGACAGCGAGAGCAGCGUGCUGCUGAUGCUGGCGGAGUGGAUGGAGGUGAAUCACGCCCGUGCGGACGAAGCGGCGCGGCGCCGGCUGUGCGGCCACGUCCGGCUGCUGCACUGCAGCCGCGCCUACCAGUGCUGGAUCCUGCCCGCCCUUGCUGCCCGCCACGAACGCAGCCGCAGCCACAACAGCUGCCACACAACCGCCGCCAGCCCCAGCCCCAGCCCCAACAGCCCCACCGCCGCCGAGCCCAGCCUAAACAGGCCCCCUGACGACGGCUGGUUCCCCAUCACCACUGAGGAUGCCACCUGCCUCAACACCUACGCCUCGGCGACGGAGGCGGAGCGCAAGGCCCUCACCUCGGGCGGCACACUGGGCAUGUGCCAGCCCAUGCGCCGCUGGCCGCCGGCAUGGCUGUCCACGCCACCCCGCCGCCAGUGCCUCCCGGACAGCGGCGGCCGCGCGUUCGCAUUUAGCGCCGGCCUGCAGCAACUCGAGGAGGCGUUCGGGGGAAUCAAGCCCGGGGCGGUGGGGGAGCUGUACCCGCGUGUGUGCGGCACGCCGUGCGGGUGCGUGAAGGCGCAGGGGCUGGUGUGGGGACCUGAGCUGCAGUGCGCGCCGGCCCUGGUCGGCAGCGCAGCCGCGCCGGCGGCAGGAUGCUUCGUGUUCACACAGGUCCCCGACGUGUUCCGCGGCCUGCUGCUACAGCCGGCUCCCGGUGCCGGAGGUGGCUGUAGCAGCAACAGCAGUGGAUGUGGCUGCAGCAGCAGCGCGGGUAGCGGUGGGCACAAGCUGGUGAACACGGGCGCGACGGCCUUCCCCAGGCUGAGGGUAUCAGUGUACGGUGCCGGCGGCGAGGUGCGUGUGGUCAGCUGCAACGAGCAGGAGUAUGCGCCUUUCGGCACGGGGCGGGGACAGCCCCGCUGCCUGCCGCUGCGUGACGCUGCCACAGAAGCGGAGCUGCUGGGUUGGCGUGGAAACAGUAGCAGCAAUAGCAGCGGAGCCCAGCAACUGCUUGGCAGCAGCAGCAGUACCGUUGGCGGCAGUAGCCGUGCCGCUCUCAGGGUAAUCACUGCCGGCAGUAGCAAUGGCGGCAGCAGCAGCAGAAGAAGCACGGUGGCUGUGCAAUGGGGCGCCUACCUCUGCGAUGGCAAGCUCACCGGCAGCAUCACGCUGCUGCGCCCGCCGCGGAGCAGCUGAUGGUGUUGGUGGUGGUGUCUGUGUGCGUGUGUGUGUGUGUGUGUGUGUGUGUGUGUGUGUGUGUGUGUGUGUGUGUGCGAUCGUGGACAGUGAAGUGGAACUGCCGGUUCGCUUCGCGUUCAUCAUGUAGCCCAGGGGCUUGGCUCAGGGCCCGCGCAUGGCUGCAUGUGCUGCUUUACUAGUUACGGGUGUGUGCUGCAUUUCCCGUGACUGUCAAGCUGCUGGGCGGACUAGGGUGGCUUACUUGCAGCUGUUAUACUGCCUUGGA